GGUGUCCCCGGCCAGUUUGGGGGGUGCGUUGCCCGGAGACGGAAAGUUUGGGAGCCGAAGCAGGCUCGGCUGCGGCCCCGGGAAGGGGCCCCAGCGGGCAGUGGCCCUGGGGAUGGGGAAGGAGCAGGAGCUGCUGGAAGCGGCCCGCACCGGGCACCUCCCGGCCGUGGAGAAGCUGCUGUCCGGGAAGCGGCUCUCCUCAGGCUUCGGGGGCGGCGGCGGCGGUGGCGGCUCUGGGGGCGGCAGCGGCGGCGGCGGCGGCGGCCUCGGUUCCUCGAGUCAUACCCUCUCCAGUCUGCUCAGCAUCUGGAGAGGGCCAAAUGUGAACUGUGUUGACAGCACUGGGUAUACACCUCUGCACCAUGCUGCUUUGAAUGGCCAUAAGGAUGUGGUUGAGGUUCUUCUGAGGAACGAUGCGCUGACCAACGUGGCUGAUUCUAAAGGCUGUUACCCUCUGCACUUAGCAGCCUGGAAAGGAGAUGCCCAGAUAGUGCGGUUACUCAUCCAUCAAGGGCCCUCACACACCAAAGUCAAUGAACAGAAUGCUCUUGAGAUCAAAGAACUCAAAAAGUACGGCCCCUUUGACCCUUAUAUCAAUGCCAAGAACAAUGACAACGAGACGGCCCUGCAUUGUGCAGCACAGUAUGGCCACACGGAGGUGGUGAAGGUCCUCUUAGAGGAGCUAACAGACCCCACCAUGCGCAACAACAAAUUUGAGACACCUCUGGACCUGGCUGCGCUCUAUGGGAGACUGGAGGUGGUGAAGAUGCUCCUCAAUGCACACCCCAACCUCUUGAGCUGCAACACUAAGAAGCACACCCCUCUGCACUUGGCGGCAAGGAAUGGCCACAGAGCUGUGGUCCAGGUGCUCCUGGAUGCUGGCAUGGAUAGCAACUACCAGACGGAGAAGGGCAGUGCUUUGCAUGAGGCUGCUUUGUUUGGCAAGACCGAUGUGGUACAAAUCCUGCUGGCUGCAGGAAUUGAUGUCAACAUAAAAGAUAACCGUGGACUGACUGCCCUAGACACUGUCCAAGAACUGCCUUCUCAAAAGAGCCAGCAGAUAGCAGCACUUAUCGAAGAUCACAUGACCGGAAAAAGAAGUGCAAAAGAGGUAGAUAAAACUCCCACACCCCAGCCACCUCUCAUCUCCAGUAUGGACUCCACAUCCCAGAAGUCUCAGGGUGACGUGGAGAAAUCAGUGACUGAACUGAUCAUCGAUUUUGACACAAAUGCUGAAGAGGAGGAUCCCUAUGAGGCGCUGUGCAAUGCUGUCUCCUGUCAUUCCUUGGACAGCAUGGCCAGCGGGCGAUCAUCUGACCUAGACUCCAUGAACAAGGAGGCUGAGGCAGCAGGAGUGAAAGCUGCUGGAGUGAGGCCUAGAGAACGUCCACCGCCUCCAGCAAAGCCACCACCCGAUGAAGAGGAGGAAGACCGUAUAGAUAAGAAGUAUUUUCCCUUGACAACUUCUGAGGUCUUGGCCAUGAGACCCCGGGUUCAGGGCAGUACAACCAGGGAAGAGGAUGAGCAUCCUUAUGAGCUGUUGUUAACAGCAGAAACAAAGAAGCUGGUAUCAGUGGACGGAAAAACAAAAGACCACAGGCGGAGCAGCAGCAGCCGGAGCCAGGACUCUGCGGAGGGGCAGGACGGGCAGGUCCCAGAGCAGUUCUCAGGUCUCCUCCACGGCUCCUCCCCGGUGUGCGAGGUGGGGCAGGACCCUUUCCAGCUGCUCUCCGCCACUGGCCAGAGCCAUCCAGAAGGGUCCCCCACGCAGGGCGCCUGCCACGAGGCCAGCAUGCAGCUGGAGGAGACGGGUGUGCGUGCUCCCGGAGGCUCCCCGCCCAAUGUCCUGGACCAGAGUGAGAGAGUGGGCUACCCAGCAGGCCUGCCCACCACCAACAGCCAAUCGCACCCCGAAACUUUGACUCACACAGCAUCUCCACACCCUGGUGGUGCCGAGGAAGAAGGAGACCGGAGUGGGGCCAGAAGCCGAGUCCCUCCCACCAGCAAACCCAAAGCUGAACUCAAACUCAGCCGCAGCUUGUCCAAGUCUGACUCUGAUCUCCUGACCUGCUCACCCACGGAGGACGCUACAAUGGGGAGCCGGAGUGAGUCCUUGUCCAACUGCAGCAUCGGGAAGAAGAGGCUGGAGAAGUCACCCUCCUUUGCCUCGGAGUGGGAUGAGAUUGAGAAAAUCAUGAGCUCUAUUGGAGAAGGGAUUGACUUUUCUCAGGAACAGCAGAAGAUCUCAGGUUCGCGGACACUGGAGCAGAGUGUCGGGGAGUGGCUGGAGGCGGUUGGGCUGCAGCAAUAUGAGAGCAAGUUGCUUCUGAAUGGCUUUGACGAUGUCCGCUUCCUGGGGUCUAAUGUGAUGGAAGAGCAAGACCUGCGGGAGAUUGGCAUCAGCGACCCACAGCACCGGCGGAAGCUGCUCCAGGCCGCACGGUCCCUGCCCAAGGUGAAGGCCCUGGGCUGUGAUGGGAACAGCCCCCCAUCGGUGCCCUCCUGGCUGGACUCCCUGGGGCUGCAGGACUACGUCCAUUCCUUCCUGUCUAGUGGCUACAGCUCCAUCGACACUGUGAAGAACCUCUGGGAACUGGAGCUUGUCAACGUCCUAAAGGUUCACCUGCUCGGCCAUCGCAAGCGCAUCAUUGCCUCCCUCGCUGACAGGCCCUAUGAGGAGCCGCCUCAGAAACCACCAAGGUUUUCCCAGCUGAGAUGCCAAGACUUGCUCUCCCAGACGUCGUCCCCACUGAGCCAGAAUGACUCCUGCACUGCACGGUCCGCUGACCUGCUGCUGCCUCCUGGGGACACAGGCAGAAGGCGGCAUGACAGUCUUCACGACCCUGCGGCACCCUCUCGAGCAGAGCGCUUCAGAAUCCAGGAAGAACACCGUGAGGCCAAGCUCACCCUCCGGCCCCCCAGCCUUGCUGCCCCCUAUGCCCCUGUGCAGAGCUGGCAGCACCAGCCAGAGAAACUCAUCUUCGAGUCCUGCGGUUAUGAAGCCAACUAUCUGGGCUCCAUGUUGAUCAAAGAUCUUCGAGGGACAGAAUCCACACAAGACGCCUGUGCCAAGAUGCGGAAGUCCACUGAGCACAUGAAGAAGAUCCCUACCAUCAUCCUGUCUAUCACGUACAAAGGUGUCAAGUUCAUCGAUGCCUCCAACAAGAACGUCAUCGCGGAGCAUGAGAUCCGGAACAUUUCCUGUGCAGCCCAGGACCCCGAGGACCUCUGUACCUUUGCCUACAUCACCAAGGACCUGCAGACCAGCCACCACUAUUGCCAUGUUUUCAGCACGGUGGAUGUAAAUCUGACCUACGAGAUCAUCCUGACGCUGGGGCAGGCGUUUGAGGUGGCCUAUCAGCUGGCCCUGCAGGCGCAGAAGUCCAGGCCAAUGGGGGCCUCUGCAGCUGAGAUGAUCGAAACAAAAUCUUCCAAACCAGUGCCUAAGCCUCGCGUUGGCAUGAGGAAGUCAGCACUGGAACCACCCGAUACGGACCCAGACGCGCAGUCCCACGCCAGUGUCUCCUGGGUUGUGGACCCCAAACCAGACUCUAAGCGGAGCCUCAGCACCAACUGAGCCACUGAGGAACCAGCUGUGCUGCGGAAACACAGAAGUGGGGGGCACAGGCUUCCACCACCACCACCGUCUCACCUGCAGCUUUGAAGACCCAGGCCCAGCCUCUGCCUGUAGGACUCCUCUCGGCUGCUUGGCCUGGGCCUGCCACCACCAGGUCUUGCAGAGUGAGCCCUGCCCUGGCUGCGGAGACGAGACUGGAACUCCAGAGGGUCGCGAAGUGACUGUCCAGAACACAUUUUUUAAUAGAAAAAAAAUUUCUUUUUUAUCAAAUGAACUUUUAACACGGCUCAAACCUCUAGGUUAAACUGCCAACCUUUAGACAGGUGGCUACAGGGUCAGAGGACAGAGGAACUGAGACUGGGAAAAAGCCAGUCUGUCCAGCCCUUUGUCCUUAGGAUGGAAUUUUGGCAUGGUCCAGUAGGUCUGAAGAGAAGGCGGUGGCCUGUGGGUAGUUGAAAAGAGCAGGCAUGAGGGGCAGCAUUGACUAGGUUUUGUUAGAGUCUGCUUUUCAAACCCAUCCAAGUUGAUUGCUGUUCCUUAUGGAACUGCAUAAACUCUUGUUCCUGUCUAGACCUGGACACAGCCUCUGCAGUAAGAACACAGCCUUAGAGGCACCUGACAAAAUCAAAGCCUUUCCUUUCAUUUCUGGGGUUCCAGAUAUGAAGGUCCAGGGGCCAAAUGGGAGAUGAGUGAGCAGUCCCUGGUGCCAUGAAGUCCGAGCCAGCGCCUGGAGCUCUGAGCCACUCCUCAGUCUCUGACCUGCUGGUGGCCAGAGCACUGCUCGGGGCUGCCUGGCCCUUGAGCUGUCUGGUGACCUCCAGCUGCCUGAGUCGAGUCAGAAAGGAAAAAAGAAACUGUUGUGGGCAUUAAUGAGUAGGUCAGCUAAGACUGCUACCUGCCAAUUUGUGAUCUGUCUAAUUAGGUCUCUAUGACUAGGACUCACUUUGAUUCUCUGAAUUAUUGCUUUGACUGUUGUAUUUUCAGCUGUUGGGCUCAUCCCUGGCUCCAAAUGUAGAAAAGGCUACCUAAGGUGACAGUCAAUUUGAUUCUCCCCCACUGUGGCCCUCGGGGUAGGCUGGCAUCCUGGUGCACUGCUGCCACUUCAGCCCUCCUGCUGGCUCGCUUUGCUUUGUAACUGUGGUUGUAUUCCUCCUCCUGGGGUAUAGUGGAAACAAAGGGGCUAAUUCCUGUGAGUUGGAGAGAGAGCGCCAGGUCAGCUGCUUGUCCAGUAUCUUCCAGAGUAGGGAGCAGAGGGGAGCCUUUCCGUGGGUUAUUCAGCAGACCUCAUCGUUUCACUAGCAUGGUUCAGUCUGGUCCCAGGGUCAGGAUUCCAGGAUUCAGCAGCACUUUCCCAGUGAAGGUUGUGAAUUAAAAUCUUCUGCUCCAUGCAUGUGCAGGGAGAGUGCUCUCGGGCACAUUCUCAGCCCCUGUGGUUGGCCAGAAAUUGAAAGCAGGGCCAUGUCUUCCUGGUGACUCGAGGCUGGGCCCCGUGGGUUCCCCUCUGCUGAGCCAGCCUGCCCCACCUCUCUGGAGUAGAGGCAGGUGAUCCUCCACUUUUUGGUACUAAACAGGAACCUCGAUACCUGGAAGUUUGACUUCCUCUUCUUCCAGGACCUGUGAGGAUUCCCAUCAGCUCACACUGUGCAGUGUUCAGCCCCUCCUUUCUUCCAGGAAUUGACAAGGACAUCUGAGAUUGUUGGGUAAGCUGUGCCCCUACAGCACUCUGCUGGUGCCGAGGAAGGCCGGGUCUCUUCUAAGUAAGCCUCUCUGGUGUAGGUGGUAGGUCCAAAAAGAAAACUUUGUAGACACUACGAUGAGUUCCUCACGCUGUUUGUUUUUAAGUCAUACGUAGGUGUUUCUUCCCCUUGAAGCUGCUAUAUCUUUAUUUAUUCAGGGUAUUUUCAUAUUGGAAAGCCUUGGCUUGUCUGCUCUGGCUCCGGGUUUUGUUUUGAGAACGGUUUAUUUCUGAAUAUUCAAGAAAGGAAAGGACUGGAUCUUUUUUUUCUUUUUUUACUCUCCUCUGGGGCAGGUACUCUCCCUUCCCUAAAAAAGAAUAUUAUAAUUUUAAGGACAGGCUUCAAGUGGAAAAGCCCUUGCUUCUGCACGCCUCUGAGUGCAGGUCACACAAUGUGACAAACCCCAUCACUGCGUCUCCGAUCUGCGGGAGCCUGUUUAGCUGAGACUUGAAAUGGGGUCAGUACCUAUCACCGGCCACAGGCUCUCUGAUCGCCUCUUUCCUUGCCAGCUACUGAGCAAGACUUCACUCCUGACAGGCUCCGCAUCUGCAACGCUCUGCAUCCCUCUUGGGCUUCUAAGCAUCGGAUGGUAGGGGGAGAUCCUUGAGAAGCCUCGGAUUGAGCAGGCAGCAGGCAUGGGUUGCAGUCAUCCAGAGGUUAGAAAGUAGUCUGACCUUGGUCUGUUUUUGAGAUGCCCAGGCCUGCAGAAUGACUGUCACAAAAGUAUUGUUGCUAAUGGUGUGGCAAUGGGACUGAAUUGUAAUAAAAAUGUUAUUUAAUCUUUGUCUCUGUAUUUUGAUACUUGAAUGACUUCCCCUUUUAUUUUACUGUACAUAUAAUUGUUAAUCUGUCCAAUUUUGUCCGAAUUACAAACAUCUUGUGGUACCAAACAUAACCAAUCUGUGUGACAACAUAGACUGACCUCACUACACGAGCGUGUGUAAAUAUUUCUGGGCUUCCAGCUUUGGUUUUGUUAUUUUCAUAACUGUACAACUUAGAACAGACCGAAUUAAUAAAUGAGAAGCGAAACGAAAGCA